AUGCGUCAACGCCAACUUUUCAGCUGCCUGCUGCCCCCGCCGGCUGACCCGGAAAUCGAACUUCAGCCCCAGGAUCUGGAGAUACGGCUGAAAUUACUCGCCAGGGAGCGCCACCGUGAGAUCGAGGACUACCUAACCGAAUGCCGCUCCAACGACCGAACCCUGAUGAAGAUUUUGUUGCUAGGAGGUCCAGCUUGUGGCAAGAGCACGAUCUUCAAACAGAUGAGAAUCAUCCACAAAGGCGGCUUCAAAGAGAUCGGCGAGCUGGCGUUUUUUGCCGAAUUGAUAUUUAGAAAUAUUCGCACGGCGUAUGAGCAACUGUGCUCUGGGGCGAGAAUGUUGGGAAUUUCGACGAUGAGCAUUAUGAACACUGUGGCCAUGAUCAGCGACUUUUUCGAUGAAGCCGACGACGAAAAUGUGCAGACGGUUUGUCUGGAGUUGGGCAACAUGUUGGCUACAUUUUGGGCGUCUCCAUGUAUCCAGGCAGUCUACGCGGAGCGCCAUCGGCUUUUUCUGAUCGAUUCCACAAAAUACUUUUUCGACAACAUAAAGCGAAUAGCGGACCCAAAUUAUGUCCCGACCCAAGAUGACAUCCUUCACUCAAGGGAGCCGACGACGACCAUUACGUUUAAUACGUUUCAGUACAGAAGUGUCAGCCUACGACUUAUCGAUGUGGGAGGUCAGAAGUCACAGCGUCGGAAGUGGUUGCAUCUUUUCGAUGACGUCAGAGUGGUGCUCUUCAUCGUCGACCUAACCGUCUAUGCCCGAGACGCUCGUGAUGAAGACAUCGGUUCUAUGGAGCAAUCGAAGGCACUGUUUCGCGAUAUUGCCACUAAUAAGGUGCUACGACGCUCAAUGUUUCUCCUCUUCCUCAACAAAGUGGACCUAUUCAAGGAAUUGCUGAAGACGUAUCCCUUCCGGCGGUGUUUUCCAAGCUACCAAGGUAGUGAUAAUAUCGAAGAAGUCGGCGAGUUUCUCUUUGAGCUCUUCAAGAAAGCCGCCAGGCCUCGACGCUCCCUCAUCCCCUACCUCACCACGGCCACCAACACCGAGAACAUCAAGCACGUUUUUGAUGCGAGCAUGGAGUCGGUCUUCAAACAGAGCGUCCGUGCCACUGGCAUUAUG